AUGACUGUGGAGAAGAUUUUGUCUGCCGUCUUGAAAGUCUUGCAGUCAAAGACUGAAAUCCAGUUAGAUGAUGGCUUUUUAAUCGACGUUAUCACCAUAUUGCGGGACGUCGGGGGAGGAAAACAACAUCACCGUGUAAUUAACGAAAAAGUGGAUGGACUGAAAAAAAGGUCUAUUUUGACCAUACCAACAGAUGAUGAAGGUUUGUGUUGCGCGAAAGCGAUUGUGUACGCUAUUGCCCACCUGGAAAAUGAUCAAUCAUCUAUUCAUGCUUUACGUGACAGGAGACGACCUGCACUGAUGAAUAGGGCUAAGGAACUAUAUUACUCAGCUGGUGUUCCCCUAGGACCUUGUGGUUAUACUGAAAUUAAGAAGUUUGAGGAGCAUUUAAAUACGCAAAUUGUUGUCAUUUCCACUGCAAAUCUAAACAGGGUUUCGUAUAAGGAUGAUACUGUGUGCAGACCCCGCCGAAUCACAUUAUGGCUGCAUAAUGAUCAUUAUGAUGUGAUAAAGAAUCUCCCUGGUUUUUAUGCUUCCAGAUUCUACUGUGAGAAGUGCGACAAGUCCUACAAUCGCAUUGAAGAUCAUAAAUGUCCUAACUCAUGUUGGAUAUGCCGAAGAGUUGACUGCAUACAAGAUAACACAAAGAGAAGGUGUCCGGACUGUAAUCGUCUGUGUCUAUCAACAAAUUGUUUUGAGGCCCAUAAGAGUAAAACUGAAAAUCAACAACUAUCUCUGUGCGACAAAAUUUACCAAUGUGGGACCUGUAGAAAGGUUAUUCAGCGUCGAAUGUGUCCACCUUCAGCGCAUCAGUGCUACAGUUCAAAAUGCCCCUCCUGUCAGAAAUUCGUCAUCGCUGCAAGCCACAGAUGCCAUCUCAAAAAAAUUGAGCCAAAGAAACCGUCUGAAAAACUAAUAUUCUUUGAUUUUGAGACGGAUCAAUCAACAGGGCAACAUAUUGUCAAUCUGGCCGUUGCUCAAAAGGAAGAUGGAUCGGAGUACGUAUUUCCAGGGUACAACGCAUGUAAUGAUUUUUGCACAUGGUUGUUUAGCGAGGAGCAUAAAGGUUAUACUGCAAUAGCCCAUAACAUGAAAGCUUUCGAUGGUCAGUUUAUACUGUCCUGGCUGAUUGAGCAAGGAACCAAACCGGAUAUAAUUCCGAAUGGGAGUUUGCUGAUGCUAAUUAGACACAAGGCCUUGCAGCUGCGAAUUAUUGACUCCAUCAAUUUCAUGCCCAUGGCUUUGUCAAAACUACCGGUUACUUUCAACUUGGUUGAGACACGUAAGGGGUUCUUUCCUCAUCUAUUCAAUACCCCCCAGAAUCAUGACUUCAUUGGAUCCAUACCAGAUGAUUAUUAUUAUACACCAGAUGCAAUGAGUAGCAGUGUUCGAGCAGAAUUUUUCAAAUGGUACGAGCAGCAAAAAGAUAAAAUCUUUAAUUUUAAAGAAGAAAUUUUGGCUUAUUGUAGAUCUGAUGUUGACAUUUUGAGACGUUCAUGCCUUAUUUAUAGAAAAGAAUUCUUAGAUGUUGGUGGUGUCGACCCUUUCCAGUGUGUUACUAUUGCAUCAGCCAGUAUGGCAAUUUUUAGAAGUAGACACAUAAAAGAAAACACAAUAGCUAUGGUACCUGUUUCUGGCUACACUACAAAAAUCAAUUACAGUCCCGACUCUAUUAGAUGGUUAGAUUUUUCAGCUGUGAAAGAUGGUUUCAACAUUAUCCAUGCUUUGAAUGGCACAGGAGAAGUUAAGAUCGAAAACACCUUUGUGGAUGGUUUCUGUGAGGAUACAAACACCGUAUAUCAAUUUCAUGGUUGCUUCUACCACGGUUGCUUAAAUUGUUAUAAAGCAGAGCAAAUUCAUCCCUUCAAGAAUGUUGCUAUGGGUGAUCUGAGACAGUCUACAGAGGAAAACACACAGAAGUUAAGAUCUUUAGGCUACAACGUGAUAGAGUGCUGGGAACAUGAGUUUCAAAAAAUGAAGGAAGAUGAUGAAGAACUCAAAACUUUCUUGCUUUCUCAUAAAUUGAAGGACCGGCUGGUUCCACGUGAUGCAUUUUACGGAGGGCGUACUAAUGCCGUCAAGCUAUAUCACGAAGGGAAUGCUAAAUAUGUUGAUUUUACUUCGCUCUACCCAUGGGUAAAUAAAUACUGCGAGUAUCCCGUAGGUCACCCCUUAAUAAUUACUGAGAACUUUGCAUCGGUCGAAAACUAUUUUGGAAUCAUGAAGUGUACCAUUGUUCCUCCUAGGCAAUUAUACCUGCCAGUGCUUCCUUACAGAAGUAAUAAGAAGUUGAUGUUUCCACUUUGUAGAGUGUGUGCCGAUUCAUUGCAACAAAGUCCCUGCACCCACACAGACGACGAAAGAGCUCUAACGGGUACUUGGGUUACGGAGGAAGUAAAAAUGGCAUUGAAAAAGGGUUACGAAAUAACAGAGGUUCACGAAGUUUACCACUUCGAGGAAACUUCUUCAAAACUUUUCAACUCUUUCAUUGACCUAUUCCUUAAAAUAAAGCAAGAGUCAAGUGGUUGGCCAGCUGAGUGUGCCACUGAGGACGAUAAAAUUAAUUACAUUGAAGAUUACCUAAGAAAAGAAGGGGUGGCGUUGGAUAUUUCAAAGAUAAUGAAAAAUCUGGGAAGAAGGGCAGUAGCCAAACUUAUUUUGAACAGUUUCUGGGGUCGGUGGGGGAUGAACUGCAAUAAGGGGCAAAUAGAGUUUGUAACUACACUCGCUGAAUUCAACAAACAUCUCACUGAUCCUACCAAAAAUGUAAAAGAUGUGUUUUUUCCCACCGAUGAGGUGGCUGCUAUAUCCUGGGAAUAUAAAGAGGAAUUCGUUACCCAAGACUCAUCCACGAACAUCUUUUUAGCAGCAUUUACAACCUCUUGGGCAAGGAUGAAGCUUUAUGAGGAAAUGGACAAGCUGGGUGAAAACGUCUUGUACCAUGAUACUGACUCAAUAAUUUAUGCUCAAGAUGGGAGCAAUGACCCACCACUCGGCAACUUUCUUGGGGAGUUUACGGAUGAAUUGAAUGGCGAAGUGAUAACAACUUUCGUAUCUGGUGGUCCAAAAAAUUAUGCAUACCAGACAUCUUCGGGUAAGACUUGCUGUAAGGUGCGAGGUUUCACUCUAAAUUUUCGAAAUUCCCAAAAGUUGAACUUUCACUCCAUAAAGAAGAUGGUUAUUGGUAUGUCAGACGAAGCUAUUCUUCUUCACAACCCUGCCAAGAUUUGUCGAGAAAAGAAAAAAAGAAAA